CAACAGAACACAAGCCGGGCUUUAUUCCGCCUGAUUGUCCCGCUCACCGAGUCCUCACAGGUUCACUUAAUAUCCCUUUUUUACUCUCACACAGCCCCUCCGGCCACACUGAGUCUGACCCGACAGGAUGGCUGCGUCCAUGUGGAGAAUGAGUGGCCCCUGCAGAAGGAUGGCUGCGGUUCUGCUGCUCUGCGCUCUAAUGCUCAGCACUGCGGUGAUGUGUGAAGAUCCUGAAGCAUCAAUAACAACUGAAACACCUACAGUCACUAAUGGGACGACUGCUCACGAAAAUGCAGGUGUUUCUACAUCAGUCGGUGGACUAUCUGGUGAUUCGGGUACUCCUUCGGCUAGCACUGCGCCUCCUGGCAGCGAGGUCAAAGCCACCUCAAUCCCCAUUUCUAGUGGAGCCCCAGGAGCGUCGCAUAAGACCGACAGCCCACCUUCAUCAGGUUCCUCUGUCUUUGUGGGAAUCCUCGUCAGUGGUCUGCUCGCUGCCCUUGCAAUCACUCUGGGAUACCUCAAAUGCCAACGCAGGACUGACACCAAGGGAGAGAGCCUGUAUUUGCAGGCAGAGGAGUCCUAUCCAGUAGAGCAGGACAACCAGGGGAACACUCUCGUAUCUCUGGCCCCUCUGAACCCCCCCCUGGAAACCCCGGAGAAACCCAGCGUGAAUGGAGAGGCCCCGGAGGCGGACAAGACCGAGCCUCCUCCUCCCACUAACGGCCACUCCACCACCAAGACAGCCGACACCGAGAUGUGAAAUAGUCUACAAGUAAUUGUAGCCCAGGAAUGACCCCCCAAAAACACCCCCCCCCCCCCUGACCCCAUCCAUACACACACACAUACCUUUGCAGAGUCGCCUCCAUUCGGAAUCAUCUCGUGCCCAACUACAGUGAGUCCACUUCAUGGUGGACAUCAGGGACUAGAACAAUAUCGUCCAUCAAUGGUGCCCUUUCCUCCCUCUUAAUCUCUCCCAAUCUCCUCUCCCAAUUAAUCAGGAAAGAACUAGCCUGAUGGCAGUGACGAAUGAUGAUGACGAAGGCCUAUGGGAGUCAGGCUGGAGAAGAGAGACAGGAGAUGGGCAGUUCAGGGCGGGAAGAGGGUUGUAUUUAAGCAUUAGUCAGCACUGGUUUCCAUGAUGCCUGUGGUCCCACAUGUGUGCUGUCAACACAAAGCAAAGUCUCUGCAUGUCAUGCAGUCUAAAGCUGCGGCCAACCCACUAGUAAAGCUAGUAAAGCCAGCAUAAGCACAUCAGUGAAAUGGUUCCUUAGUUCAUUGCAUAGCUACGGCAGACGAAGAGGGAAUGAAUCACACCGCAAUAAAAUCCAUUCACAAACUCACAGAGAAAACACAACGGGCUCCUAUUUUGUUUGUCUGACUGAGACUGUGAGAGUGCAUGGGCUGCUUUAAACUUUGCAUGAGUGUGCUAUUGUUUACUUUCAUCUGUACUGUGCCUGGGCUGUAUGUAUAUCCAUACACGAAUCUACGCUUCCCUUGAUUGGUGUGUCAGGGUUUCCACGCGUUGGCUGAGUUUAAACUACAAGGCUUUCAAUCAGAACUCCCCAAGAUGGAUAGCAUUGCAGUCUGAAAGCGUUAUUUUUAGGAUCAUAUUUAUUUGAACAGUAGUUUAUGGACAAGAGCAUGUUGGUAAUGGAGUGGAAACGCUGUGAUCACACCCUCGAGACACCACGCAUGGCAGCACAUGCAGGUUGGAGGACAUUAUAUAACGUGAAUAAUGUUAAAUCUGUUCUUUGCCUGCAAUGAAUGAGAAUUGAGAUACUAACAAAUGGAAAUUCGAGGCCAAAACAACAACAACAAAAAUACUGACUAAAUACUGGCAAACAAUAUUUUUUUUACCUUACAUGAGUUUAUCCUUUGAUCGCAGAACUGCAUUGCUCAUGUAUUUUAUAUUACUAGUAAAUUGGACUUGGUGUGGUGUGAUAAACAGAUAAGAGUCAUUGAUAAGUUAUAUUUAAUGACUAUAAUGUACCACAGAAAGCAACACAGUAGUGACAUCCACAUCAUCAAUGGAAAUGUCCUAAAACGUUCCAGGUAAAUGACCUCUGGACAAAGUGUGGGAACCUUGUGUUUACACCAAUGUGUGGUUGAUGAACGUUAUCAAUAUGCAAGUGAAUGUUAAGUCUGAAUGUGACAUUAGCAUGAAAGUGAGUGUAGCUCAACCACAUUCACAUGGUGAGAUUAAAGAAGUAUUCAAGUUUAUAUCACGUAACUUUUUUGAAGAGAGAGCCACAAGGAAUUGUUCCACCUAUCACUGCAAACUGCGGUCACAUCCAUCACAGAGCCAACCGGCCUCUCUACGUCAUCAGCGUGACCAACGGACUCCUAAAGGCUUCAGAUGCAGAGCCUCUUACUCUCAACUCUGCCCAUCUAUUUGAUUUAUUUUCGUUUCAAUAUACUUUUUACUACCAGUAUUCUAUUGAACAGUGUCAUUUUUUUUUUGUAAACCCAUGUUGUGUUUUCUUCCAUGUGCAUUUCAUAUUGUAUGUUGUGCUAAAGCAUGUACUUCUUUGGUGUCUUUAUAACAUCUGAUCCAGCCCAUAUAACACAAGGAAAUAUCUCCAAGGGCUGCUGAGGAAAGUUUUGGCGGCCAAUUGGUUUGUUUGUCCUGCAAAUUCAGCUUUUUCUGACAAACCGGAGAUCAAAUACUAAAGGAAACAGUAAUGUUUUGUAUUUGAACUAGAACAAGGAAACAUAUUCUGGUACAUAAAUGGAUAGAUUUCAAUCCAUUUUGUAUCUUUUCUUUGCUAACAUUCCAAUGGGACUGUUUCAUUUUACUAGCAAUACAUUUGAUACAACAAUGGAGAAAAUAAAAAGUGAAAGAUUAAUAACUUUUUAAAAAUGUUUUCAGCCUCAUUUCAUCUUAAAAAGAGUGAAUGGAAAAACCGAUGCGUUUUUAACUACAGAAACGUGUGUUAGUGCACUAAAACACACACACAUCUGUUCACAAAAAAAUCAUAACAAUGUAUAAACAGAAAAGAACAAAUGUGUACGUUUCGUUUUACAUAUUACAACUUGUGUUAUUGAAAACAUAUAAACAUGUUUAAUACCUAAUGAUUGAGGACAAAUAGUGUCAUUCAAGCAGAAUAAGCAGAAUCUUAUUCUAGUCUUUAAUAUUAGAUUCAAUGUUAUUGGUACAAACAGUUAGGCUCCCUCAUGUGGCUCAAAGGCGUACAGCAGAUAUAAAUGUUGACCAAAUCAAAGAAAUUCUGCUUAUUUAUUUUGCGACCAUAAUA